AUGGUUCAGUAUUCUAUCCAUGAAUGGUUCGAUAUUCUACACAGGAAAGGUUCGGUAUUCUAUCCAGGAAUGGUUCGGUAUUCUACUCAGGAAAGGUUCGGUAUCCUGUCCAGGAAUGUUUCGGUAUUCUAUCAAGGAAUGGUUCAGUAUACUACUCAGGGGUGGUUCGGUAUUCUAUCCAAGAAUGAUUCGGUAUUCUAUCCAGGAAUGGUUCGGUAUUCUAUCCAGGAGUGGUUUAGUAUUCUACUCAGGAAAGAUUCGGCAUUCAAUCAUGGAAUGGUUCGGUAUUCUACUCAGGAAAGUUUCUGUAUUCUAUCCAAGAAUGGUUCGGUAUUCUAUCCAGGAAUGGUUCAGUAUUCUAUCCAGGAAUGGUUCAGCAUUCUACCCAGGAAAGGUUCGGUAUUAUAUCCAGGAAUGGUUCCGUAUUCUAUCCAAGAAUCGUUCGGUAUUCUGUCCAGGAACGGUUCAGUAUUCUACUCAGGAAACGUUCGAUAUUCUAUCCAGGAAUGGUUCGGUAUUCUAUUCAGGAAUGGUUCGUUAUUCUGUCCAGAAAUGGUUCGGUAUUCUAUCUAG